AACGAAAGAAAAGAGUAAGAGGGGGGUGGGGGGAGAAAAACAGAUAGAAAGAUAAAGGGGGGAGAGGGUGAGAGAGAGAGAGAGAGAGAGAGAGAGAGAGAGAGAGGCCAAAUGAGAGAGAGUCAUCAGAGGCAGAAGGAGACCCGAGCGCACACACAGACAGAGGCUUAUUUAAAUGUCCUUUUUUCAUGUCUGUCGGAUCAUAAAUGCACGAGGACCUUGUAACCAUGCACCUACUGGGAAUAUCUAUUUUACUGGCUUACCUUCUCUACACCAACCUCGCCAGCGACUUCAGCCCCCGCGACUACGAUAACUACUCGGAGCAGGAGCAGAUGGACGAGCCGGAAUCUUCACCAAAGCCAGAUAUGGAGGAGAAGUUGCGUUCGGCUUCCAGUGUCGAUGAACUGAUGAAUCUUAUUUAUCCAUCGUACUGGGCCGCUCUGAAGUGCAAAUCCAAACUAUCGGCUGCCCCUUCAGCCUUCAAGCUCCAGAAUCGCCCACUGAAACCACUGGCUGAUAAAGAAGAACCAAGAUUUGCUGCUGCCUACCUCAACUUGGAUGUUCUGAAAAGUAUAGAGUCGGAGUGGAGGAAGACUCAGUGCAUGCCCAGAGAAGUGUGUGUCGACGUGGGCAGGGAGUUCGGGGCUCCCACCAACAUCUUCUAUAAACCACCCUGUGUGUCCGUCUACAGAUGUGGGGGGUGCUGCCACUCUGAAGACCAACAAUGCAGGAAUAUCUCCACUGGUUACCUGAGCAAAACUCUGUUUGAGAUCACAGUGCCAAUCACCCAAGGCACCAAGCCGGUGACCAUCAGUGUGGCGAACCACACGCAGUGCAGCUGUCUGUCCAAACUGGACGUCUACAAACAAGUCCACAGCAUCAUCAGGAGAUCCUUGUCUGAGUGCCCAGUAGCGAACAGGACAUGUCCUCCUGGUCAGUCAUGGAGCAGCAGGCAGUGUCGGUGUGUCAGUCUCAGCACCAACGUGCAGCACAACGCCCCCCCUCCGCCACUGCCCCCUCCCAGACCCUCCCAGCAGCACCUUGACAUAUUCUCAGCGGACAUUUGUGGGGUGGACAAGGAACUGGACUUGGAGACCUGUCAGUGUGCGUGUCGGCACAGGGAUCAAACUCAAAACUGCGGCCCCAACCGACACCUCGACCGCAACACCUGUCAGUGCGUCUGCAACAUUCCGCCCGCUCCCUCCUGCCCUCAGAACCACAUUGUCAACAGGGACACCUGUCAGUGCACAUGUAGCAAGACGUGUCCCCGGCACCAGCCCCUCAACAAGACUAAGUGUUCCUGCGAAUGUAACGAGUCACCUAACAAGUGUUUCCUUAAGGGAAGGAGGUUCCACCAAGCCACAUGCAGUUGUCUCAGGCCUCCCUGCGAGGUAAGGAGGCGGAGGUGUGAACCAGGUUUCUCCUUCAGCGAGGAGGUGUGUCGCUGCGUACCGGCCCACUGGAGACGACUGGACUAGCUACAGGCUAAUAAGACGCUAACAAGAUGCUAAAGAGCCGAUAACAAACUUAACAAGUAUAAUUCAUGACCCAUCUCGCUGCUGGUCGUGAGUUUCCAAGUGUUUGCAGACCCUGAUGAACGUGGGGGAACCGUAGAUAGCUCUGCUGAAAGUGGAAAAUGCACUGACUCAGAUGGAGGGAACUGCUGAGCCGGGCCCAGAAAAGGAUGAAAGGAAGUACUGAGAAAGAGAGAGAGAGAGAGAGAGAAGGUCAACACUUGACACUAGUUUUAUUAUACUGUCUAAAUAUUUUUUUUAUAUAUAUUUGGGGGGUUUUGUAUUCACUAUGUCUCAGUAUUCUUGUGUCAGAUAUUGAAUAUAUAAUUUAUUAAAUGAUGCUUUUCAAACUUUGUUUUCAAUCUUUUCCCAUGAAAAUACACUGUGAUCAUUAUUUUUGUAACAUGUAUAGUAUUUGUGUAAAAUAAAGUAUACUGAAUGAUGCAUAUUAUUUUGGUUCAUAUUGUACUGAGGCUAUUCAGUAUUUUCCUUCCAGGGAAUGGCUCUCCCACCAACCACCUGACUUUUGCCCUUGACAACUCCGUCCUAACACCACCCUGCCUGCUAUGAACCUCGGUGUGACACUCAAGAGUCAACAUUUCAGCAACACCACAUUCCGGUAGCUACAUACUGCACAACAUCAGGAGAAGAAGAAGAAGUCUCCUUCUCACUCAGAAGGCGGCCCAGGUUCUGGUCCAGGCUCUGUUCAUCGAACGCCUCGACUAACUGUUACUACUUUUACAAAUGCUAUUUCUACAAAUACUACCACAGUUAUUACAGCUCCGACCAAUACUACUUUAAUAAGUACUACUACAACUACUACAGAAACUAUUACUACUGUUAUUAAUUCUUCCACAAAUACUACUACUGCCAUUUGUUUUAACUAUGGUUA